AUGAAAUCACAACUCAUAACACUCUGGUGCUUAAUAACCACCGUGUUUGCCGUGUUUAGUGAUGAAGCUUUCAACACAGACUGGAAACUACGUCAAAUUGGUCCAUUAGAUUCUUCAAAUAUCCUUCCAAAAAAUCAAAUAUUAAAUUUAUUAACCCAGGAGAAUAUACUUGCUGGUCUUGAAAAUGGUGAUGUUAGAUGGAGAGUUCAAUUCAAUGAUUUGGUGAGUGAUGCUAAACAAAGUUUGAUUGAAGUUGAUGAUGGCUUGAUCACUGGAUUGAAUUAUGUUAAUAGAUCAAUUAUUCAACUUUGGGAUAAUAAAGAUGGAUUCUUGAUUAAAGAUGUUGUUACAUUUAUUGGUAAAGAAAUACAAGGGUUAUAUUCAUUGAAUGAUGAUUCAUUGGUUGUUGUUUUCAUUAAUGGUGAUGUAUCAAUUGUGAAAAUUUCAAAUGGAGAAUUCCAAAAUCUUUCAUCAAUUUCAAAAUCUGAUGAUUUAAAAUUUAGUAAAUUUAAUAAUGAUAAAUUUUUAAUAUUAUUUAAAGAAUUGGAUACAGAAAAUACUCAUUAUGCUUUUUAUAAUGGUGAAUCGCUAACAACAAAUGUUUUACAAAUUUCAUGGAGUUCAAUUCGUGAUUUUCAUGGUUCAAAACUAAUUUAUGAAACUAUAAAAUAUUAUUCAUUAAUUUUUAACCCAACUACGGGGGAAGUUUCAAAACCAAACCCAAUUAAUUUAAAAUUUGAUAAAUUUAUACCAAUUAAUAAUGAUCAAUUAAUAACAGUGGAAAAUAAUCAUAAUAUUGAAAUCAUAAAUUUAUUAAAUCAUAAUAAAUUAUUUGAAAUUCCAAAUGUUCAUAAAUAUGAUUUAAAAUUUUUAAAUGAUGUUUUCGUAUUAUAUACAGAAUUUCAUAUUAACAUCAUUGAUUCAUUUUCAGGUGAUGAAAUUUCAAGUUAUUUCAUUGGUUCUAAAUUACCAUAUGAAGAUAUUCAAAAUAUAAUAACAACAACUGAUGGUGUUACAAAUGUUUAUACAUUAUUUAAAUAUCAAAAUUCAUCUUAUUCAUAUUGGCUGAAUAACCAAAAACUAUGGGAAAGAGAUUCUUCAUUAUCACAAAUUGUUUGUCAUACUAUUGUUGAUUUUGAAAUUGAAACAAGUCUAUCCAAGAAUGAAUUGAUUUAUGAAGAAAAUUUAAAUAUUUUAGAAGCUUAUGGAUUUAGAUUAAAUAAACAUUUUAAAGAAUUGAAAAAAUUAUAUAAUGAUUUAUGGGAUUCAUUACCUUUAGUUUUCCAAUCUGAAUUUUGGAAAAAUUUUAAAACCGUGGAACAAAGUGAAUAUUUUGGUUUUAAAAAAUUAUUAAUCUUGGGUACCCAAAAUGGUCAAAUUAUUGCACUAAACACAUUGAAUGGUGAAACAGUUUGGAGAUUCAAUACUGGGAAGAAAGAUAUUUUACAUGUAGAAAAUAUAAAUAAUUCAAAAUUAUAUGUAUUCACAAAAUCAGGUCCAAAAUUUGAAAUUAAUCCAUAUACUGGUGAAUUGAUCUCUGAAAGUAUUAUUGUUAAACCUGAAAAGAUUCAAUAUUUACAAGAUGAUUCAUUCUUUUUGGAAAUUGAAAAUGAAUUUAAUUUAAUCCUUUCAGAAUCAAACACCCAAUCAAAUGAAACUAAAUACCUAGUGAAACAUGAUUCUCAUAAAAUCCAAGGUUUAAAAAUUCAAAAACAAAAAAUUUCAACAACAUGGAAAUUUGAAACAAAUAAUGAUGAAGAAAUCAUUGAAUUCUCCUCUAAGGAUCCAAAUGAAAAAAUCGCAAAUGUUGGUAUUGUCUUGGGUGAUCGUUCAGUUUUAUAUAAAUAUUUAUAUCCAAAUUUAGCAUCAUUUGCAGUAUUAAAUAAAUCUACUAAAACAUUAUAUAUUCAUAUUAUUGAUACUAUUACUGGUGAAUUGAUGCAUACAACGUAUCAUGAUGAAUAUAUUCAUUUAGAUGAAAAAGUAAAUUUGGUAUUUGGAGAACAUUGGGUUAUUUAUUCUUAUUGGAGUGAAUUACCUUAUCCUGAACAAAAAAUUGUUGUUAUUGAUUUAUUUGAAUCAUUAAAUUCAAAUGAAAAAUUUUCUCCAUCAUCAUCAACAAAACAAAAUCAAAUUUUAUUAUCAUCAUUUGAAAGUAAGAGAUUACCAAAAAUUUCAACAAAAUCAUUUAUAUUACCAUUUAAAAUUAAUUCAAUGAUUUAUUCCAAAACAAGAUUUGGAAUUUCUACAAAAUCAAUAAUUUUAUCUUUACAAAAUGGACAAAUUUUAUAUUUACCAAAAUUUUUAUUAAAUUCAAGAAGAAUAUCAGGUAGGGAAUUAACAACAGAUGAAAAAUCUGAAGGUUUAUUACCAUAUGAUCCAAUUUUAAAUAUUGAUGAUAAUUUUGUUAUUUCUCAUCAUAGACAAAUCUUGGGGAGUUCAAACCUAAUUUCCAUACCAACAAAUUUAGAAUCAACUUCAAUAAUUUGUUCAUAUGGAUUAGAUGUUUUUUGUACAAGAAUUUAUCCAUCAAGUCAAUUUGAUAAAUUAACUUCAAGUUUUGAUAAAGUUAAAUUAGUAUUAAGUAUUGCGUUAUUAAUUAUAACUUUAUUAAUUUUAAAACCAAUUAAAGAAUCAAGAAAUUUAAAAUCAUUAUGGGUUAUUGAAUCAUAA